AUGUCGACACCCCCUCUCUCGAUGGCCACGAGCGAAGACCUUCCUUCAACGCCGCGGCGUCGCUGCUCGCCGCGCGAAGUUGGUCGUGUUGUAUGGACGCAUCUCAUCCGCCACACCGGAGUCGGCAUCACCCUCGCCGUGGCGUACUUUGACCCAGGAAACUGGAGCGUCGACCUACAAGCAGGCUCGGACUUCGGCUACAAACUACUCUUCAUCGUUCUCCUAGCCGGCUUCUUUGCUGUCUUCCUACAGAGCCUAGCAUGUAAGAUGGGCAUUGUAACGGGCCUCGACUUGGCCGCCCAUUGUCGACUAUUGCUUCACAGCCGCACACAGCGCCCGAAGCUCUUUCGUUGGCUCACACUAUACCCUCUCUACGUCUUCUCGGAGAUAGCCAUCAUUGCGACCGAUCUGGCGGAGCUUUUGGGAUCUGCGAUCGCCCUCAACAUCCUCUUUCCCAAGCUCCCCUUGUGGGCGGGCGUCUUGCUCACAGCUUCCGACGUAUUUCUCAUUUUGGCUUUCGGCGACCCACUCCGCAAGCGGCCCGUGAAGGUCUUUGAACUGCUGAUUGGUGUCCUGGUACUCAUAACCCUGGUGUGCAUGUGUAUCAUCAUCUCAAGGGUCAACGUAGAGUGGGGUCAAGCCUUCCUGGGAUACGUCCCAUCCAAGACCAUCUUCCAAUCGGGAGGCUUGUAUACAUCCGUGGGCAUUCUCGGUGCCACUGUCAUGCCACAUAGUAUCUUCCUAGGGUCGGCGCUUGCUACUCAGGAUCGAGUAUCUACUACAGCCGUGCCAUUCGAGGAUAAGGAUGAGAAGUUGUCACGACGGAUGACCGGCGAAUCGGUUUAUGAGAACGAGUCUGCUUUGGAUACCGUGAUCGACAGGAGAAGUCCUUGGAGGCGUUGGUUCAUAGCCUUCUUCGGCUACAAGGCGUCCUCCUCUACGGAGCCUCAGAGACACUCGGAAUGGGAGAACAACACCCUUGACUUUAUCCGAGCGCAUCUCCGGCAUGCCAUUGUCAACAUCAUCACCAGCCUACUGGGUAUAGCCGUCGUGAUCAACUCGCUUAUUCUCAUCCUUGCCUCAGCUGUCUUCCGCGACAGCGCGGAAGCUACAAGCAGCCUCUUCGACGCUGCUGAUCUCAUCGGCUCGACGCUGGGACAUGGCCUCGAGAUCGUCUUUGCGCUUGCUCUUCUGGCUGCAGGACAAAGCGCGUCGCUGGUCGCCACGGUAGCCGGGCAGAUCGUGUCUGAAGGCUUCUUGCGAUGGAAAGUAUCUCCUAUAUUUCGUCGCUUCCUGACUCGCCUCCUCGGUCUCAUACCAUCCAUGGUCGUCGCCAUAGCGGCUGGGCGCAACGGAAUUGAUACCAUGCUCGUCGCGUCGCAGGUCGCACUCUCACUAGUGCUGCCCUUCAUCAUCUUCCCGCUAAUCCUCAUCACGUCGACGAAGUCCAUGAUGCGCGUACGCGUACCGGCCAGUCCACGGGGGAGGUCCGGCAUCGUUUCAACUGGGCAAGAGUCCAACAGGGACCUAUCGUUGUCACCCACGCCCACACUGUCCGACGCCAGUGACCCUGAAGGCAACGGAGACUCGUUCGUCGAGUACAGCAACAGCUGGCUAACCGUCGGCAUUGCACUCGCCAUCUGGGGAAUCAUCGUCGCCGCCAAUUGCUAUGUUAUCGUCAGUUUAAUCUUGGGCAACGAGGGCUGA